AUGUUCGACAUCCCGAGAUUCGACCAGCCCGAUGCGCCAGCAAUCGCCCAGGCUAAGCGGGCGGCGCCUGCACCGCUCCAGUACAUUGCCCGCUACCUGCAGGAGGAGAGGUACUUCGUCGCUUCCAGGACCAAGAGCCCGCCGCGCAUCAUCUUCUUCUGCCGCUGGCCCCUCACGCAGAGGGUUCUCGCCAUGUUCCUUAAGAUGCUCGGCAUCGGCAUCUGCCAGAAGUGGGCCUACCAGUCCCCGAAGGAGCGAGGCAAUGUCGCAGCCACGUUCACCAGCAAGGACAGCGGUGCGGAGGUGCUCGUGGCCACGUACCGCCUGGCCUCCGUCGGCCUCAAUCUCUAG